AACGGAGUAGGGUUUAUCUCCUUAAUUGCAAAUUUGCAGACCAUAGGAAAAUGAUAAACCUCCGGCAAAUGAUUUCCGCUUAGGGUUUUUCAGAUUCUCAUCCAAAAGCCGUCUUCGAUCUUUGUUUCGCUCACUGAUCCACAAUGUCCAAAAACGAGGAUGUUCGAUUUACAUCUUCUUCUCUCAAAAUCCCUCUCUCACCCCCUUCCUUCUUUUCCCAAACCCUAGGCUCCCAUCUCACAGAAGCCACAAAGUCAGUGAUUCAUCUCGUUAACUCGUUCAGAAAUUUUCGGAAACCCCUCAAUUUUCUCGCCAGACCAUCCCCGCUUCUCUGCUCGGCGUCGCUGUCAUUGUCUCAGCCCGCCGAGUCGACUCAGUUGGAGGUCGCGGCAACUCAGCCGAAGGGCCAGACCGUUGCUCGCCACCCGAGGGAAGAUGAAGAGAGGGUGUUGAUUAGUGAGGUUCUGGUUCGGAACAAGGACGGCGAAGAGCUGGAGAGGAAGGACCUCGAAGCGGAGGCCGUGGCGGCGCUGAAGGCGUGUCGCCCUAACUCGGCGCUCACGGUGCGUGAGGUUCAGGAGGACGUGCAUAGAAUUAUUGAUAGCGGCCUUUUUUGGUCGUGUAUGCCAGUCGCGGUCGAUACUCGCGAUGGGAUUCGAUUGGUUUUUCAGGUAGAACCAAACCAGGAGUUUCAAGGGUUGGUAUGUGAAGGAGCUAAUGUUCUUCCAUCGAAGUUUCUAGAGGAUGCUUUCCGUGAUGGAUAUGGAAAAGUGGUUAAUAUUAGGCGAUUGGAUGACGUGAUAACUUCCAUUAAUGAUUGGUACAAUGAAAGGGGCCUUUUUGGCAUGGUUUCAGGUGUUGAAAUUCUUUCUGGGGGUAUUAUUAGAUUAAAAGUUUCAGAAGCUGAAGUCAAUGAUAUUUCCGUGCGUUUCCUUGAUAGGAAGACUGGUGAGCCAACCAUAGGGAAGACAAAGCCUGAAACAAUACUUCGACAACUUACAACUAAAAAGGGACAGGUGUAUAGUUUGAUCCAAGGAAAAAGAGAUGCGGAGACUGUGUUAACAAUGGGAAUAAUGGAAGAUGUUUCUAUUAUUCACCAAUCUGUAGGAGAUCGUGAUAAGAUUGAUUUGGUGAUGAAUGUUGUUGAGCGUGUAAGUGGAGGUUUUUCUGCUGGUGGAGGAAUUUCAAGAGGGAUCACAACUAGUCGGCCACUAUCAGGAUUAAUUGGAAGCUUUGCAUAUUCCCAUAGAAAUGUUUUCGGACGAAACCAAAAGCUCAAUGUAUCAUUAGAAAGGGGGCAAGUUGACUCAAUAUUUCGCAUAAAUUACACAGACCCAUGGAUUGAAGGAGAUGAUAAGCGGACAUCUAGAUCAAUCAUGAUUCAGAAUUCAAGAACCCCUGGAAUUCUUGUUCAUGGAGGCCAACCUGCCAACAGUAGCUUGACCAUUGGCCGUGUUACUGCUGGGAUUGAAUUCAGUCGACCAUUCAGGCCAAAUUGGAGCGGAACAGUAGGACUCAUUUUUCAGCAUGCUGGUGCUCAUGAUGAACACGGGAAACCUAUUAUUAAGGAUUUUUACAGCAGCCCUCUUACUGCAAGUGGCAAUACCCAUGAUGAUGCAUUACUUGCUAAAUUUGAGAGUGUUUAUACUGGUUCUGGUGACCAUGGGUCUUCAAUGUUUGUGUUCAAUAUGGAACAGGGAUUACCUGUUUUGCCUGAGUGGCUGUUUUUUAAUAGAGUAAAUGCUCGUGCUAGAAAGGGUGUAGAAAUUGGGCCUGCUUGCCUUCUUUUGAGUUUGUCUGGUGGUCAUGUGGUGGGCAAUUUCUCUCCUCAUGAAGCAUUUGCCAUUGGUGGAACAAACAGUGUGAGAGGUUAUGAAGAAGGUGCUGUGGGCUCAGGUCGCUCUCAUGUGGUUGGUAGUGGAGAAAUUUCUUUCCCCUUGUAUGGGCCAUUAGGAGGGGCUCUUUUUGCUGACUAUGGAACCGAUCUUGGAUCAGGCCCAACCGUGCCUGGCGAUCCUGCAGGGGCCAGGCUAAAGCCUGGAAGUGGAUAUGGAUAUGGAUUUGGAAUUCGACUGGACUCUCCUUUAGGGCCUCUGAGACUUGAAUAUGCAUUUAAUGACCAGCAGGCACAGAGGUUUCACUUUGGGGUUGGUCACCGAAACUAAGGUCCUAGGCUUGAUGCUGUCCUUGUUAUAGAUGCUAUUUGUUAUUCUUCUUCUGCACAAUCAAUUUCUUAUUUUUGGUGUACAGACCCCAACUGGCAUCAAACAGUUUUACUUGUAUUGCUUAUGAUUUUGAGGUUCUCUGGAGUUUAGCUCCAUAAUAAGGAAAAAAAAAAAAGAAGAGACAUAUGAGGUUCUAUCCAAGUACGGCUAUUUACUACACUCAAUACUGUACAAGUUCACCAGCAUGGAGUAGGCUUACCAACACACUUUAUAAAAUAGCAAUAAUCAUAUUCUACUUUACAACA